AUGGCUUUCCAGACCAACAAAGGAGACAUCUCCUCCUUCUCCUCUUCUUCUUCUUCUUCUUUUUCAGCUACUUCUUCCACUCACCGAUGGCGCUAUGAGGUCUUCUUAAGCUUUAGAGGUGAAGAUACCCGCAAUGGUUUUACAAGCCAUUUACAUAAAGCUUUAUGUGACAAAGGUUUUAACACCUUCAUUGAUAAUAACCUUCAGGGAGGAGGAGAAAUUUCAAUUGAACUUCUUAAAACCAUUGAAUCAUCAAAAGUUUCAAUCAUUGUGUUCUCUGAGAACUAUGCUUCUUCUUCUUGGUGUUUGGAUGAACUUAUCAAGAUUCUCGAGUGUAAAAAAAAUAUUGGCCAGUUAGUUUUACCUGUUUUUUACAAUGUGGAUCCAUCAGAAGUACGUGGACAAAAGAAAGGGUUUGGGGUGGCCUUGACAGAACAUGAAGAAAAAUUCAAAGAUAAUAUUGACAAGGUGAAGAAUUGGAGGACGGCUUUAAAGGAAGUUGGAAGUUUGUCUGGAUGGCACUAUAAGAAUGGGGACAAUGAAGCUAAAUUUAUCGAAACAAUUGUUGAAGAUAUACCAGAAUGCACGCCGUUAUUUGUUGGCAAUUGCCUUGUUGGAGUAAAACCUCGUGCCAAGGCCGUAGAAUCGUGUUUAAGUAUGGAGUUAAAUGAAGUUCGCAUGGUAGUGAUUCAUGGCCUUCCCGGAAUAGGUAAGACUACAAUUGCAAAAGCAGUUUAUAACAGAAUUGCUAAUCAUUUUGAUGGAAGCAGUUUUUUAGAGAAUGUUAGAGAAACUUUGGAGACGAAGGAUGGCAUUAUCAAACUACAAGGUCAACUUCUUAAAGAGAUUUCAAGGGAUAAAAAUUUGAAAAUUCACAGCACAUCAAAAGGAAUCAAUUUGAUAAAAAAUAGACUUCGUGGUAAAAAGUUUCUUUUAAUUCUUGAUGAUGUGGAUACAUUGGAAAGAAUAGAAAAAUUGCUUGGAGAUUGUAAUUGGUUUACUUCAGGAAGUAGAGUUAUUAUAACAACAACAGUAGAUCCACAAUUGUUAGCUACUCCUGGAUAUACAACUUAUAAGGUCGAGGAAUUAGACAAACAUGAAGCUCUUCAACUCUUUGUAAAGUAUGCCUUCCUUGGAAAGAAACCUAAUAAAGAAUAUUCUGAACUUACAAACCAAUUUAUACAGUAUGCCCAAGGCCUUCCGCUUGCUGUUAAAAUAAUAGCUCGUGAUUUGCUUGGAAGAGCUAAACAUGAAUGGGAAAGUACAUUAGAAAAGUAUAACCGAAUUCCCAAUAAAGACAUUCAACAAGUACUUAAAGUAAGUUAUGAUAGAUUGGAGGGAAUCGAACAAGAUAUUUUCCUUGAUAUUGCAUGUUUCUUCAAGGGAUGGACCAAGGAUGAUGUUGUAGAUAUAUUAAAUGCUUGUGAUUUAUGUGCAGAUUAUUAUAUUCCAAGACUUGUUAAUAAAUGUCUCAUUACUGUGUGUCAUGAUGGUAAAUUGUUGUCAAUGCAUGACCUGAUACAAAAAAUGGGUAGGGAAGUUGUUCGACAAGAAUCUUCACAUAUUCAUGAACGUAGCAGGUUAUGGUAUUAUAAAGAUGCUCGUGAAGUACUAAAGGGGAAUAAGGGGUCAGACAAAAUUCGAGGUAUAAUGUUGCAUUCACCUGAACCGGUAAAUGUGCAACUACACCCUGAUGUUUUCAAAAGGAUGGAAAAUCUCAAGAUACUUCUUGUUGAUAACAUAAAUAUUUGUGAAGCAAUUCAAUAUCUUCCCGACGGGAUAAGGAUUCUCAGUUGGCCUAAAUAUCCUUUUCGCUUGCCAUCCAAAUAUUGUCCUCGACAACUUGUUAGGCUCGAUAUGCCAUAUAGUCGCAUUGGGUUGGAAAAGUUUUGCAAGCAGGAGUUCCAGUUAGAAAAUAUGAAACAUCUCAAUCUCAGUCACUGUGAAUUUAUAACCAAAUUACCUGAUUUAUGCACCCCAAACUUAGAGACAUUGGACCUUUCUUUUUGUAGAAAUUUAUUUAAGAUUCACGAGUCCGGUCAAUUUCUUCAUAAGCUUAAAAGGUGGAAUCUUAAUUAUUGCACAAAACUUCAAAAUCUUCCAAACAACCUCAUGUUGACAUCUCUUGAAGUUCUGAAGGAAUUAACCCUUGAGCAUUGCGAUAACCUUCGGGAUCUUCCAGAUGGCAUUUAUAAAUUGCAACAGCUUCGGGAGUUGUUGACUCCUACUGCCAAAUUGAGACCGACAUGCAAUUCUUUUGAUAGCUCCUCCGGUUAUGGGUUUCUGAAAAUGAAAUACCUGUAUCUCGGCGGCUGUAAAAGCAUAAUUGAAUUAGAUCUUUUGAUGAAGCCAGAUUACUUCCCCGCAUUGAAAGAGAUAGAUCUAGGUGAUACCAAUAUUAUUACCAUCCCCGAAAGCAUUAGCAGAUUUCCUAGAUUAUAUAAACUUAAUAUUGAUUGUUGCACGCACCUUCGCGAAGUUCAAGGACUUCCACUAUCGAUAGAUACGAUUUAUGCACAACAUUGCCCGUUGUUGGAUUAUGAAUCGCUAUUGUAUCAGGUAAUAGAAAUUAUGGGGAUUUUACCGAAUGGAGUAUGUGGUAGUGCAAGAAGCAAUGAAUUAAUGGAUCCACAGUUCACCGAUUACUUCCCAUCUGAAACUGAGGGUGCUCAAUCUGAAUCCGAAUCUGAAGAUGGGGACAUAUCACAGUUCUCCAAUUAUAUUUCUGAAUGGUGUACGCUUUGGGUAUCGGGAACUGAGAUUCCAUGGUUCAAUCAUCAAAGUGUUGAAAGUAAUUCCAUAUUGUUCUGGGUUGGUCGCAACUGUUCACAAUUGACUCUCUAUUUUGCUUUUGGAACAAUUUCCGUCGUCAACUGUUCGUGCUAUUUUUACAUUUCCAUCAAUGGUUGUAAAGUUGGGGGUUCGACCUCAUUUGCAAUUUAUAAUAAUCUUCUACUUUUUGAAACUAUAUCUCGUGGUCUUCUGCAAGAUUAUUUGAAUCACUCAAAUCCAACUGACCAGAAUUAUGUUGAGAUUACAUAUGAAACCCGUGGGCAUGCAGAGCCACCAAUAAAAGCCACAAGGUGGGGGGUCCACGUAGAGAGCAUCCGUCCUCCUCAAGAAUAUGGUAUACCUAACUUACCCCUUCUAACUGCUGGACAUGAUGAUGUUGAUUACUGGAGCGAGUUGCCAUUUUAUGGAUCUGAUGAUUUGGAAGCAGAAGAAGAAGAAUAUCAGUCUCCUCAUGACACAUCUAGGUCCUGCAUGAGUUGGCUAUUGACUGGGAUGGUUGCGGUUAAAGUCACUGGUAAGCCCCAGAUUUCCUUGGAUGUGAGUUUAGUCUUGUUUUCAUUUGUAUGA